GUCAACCGCAUUUUGCGCUUAAUAUUCUGAUCGAGAACAUCUCGCUUUGGUUUCCUUCCUUUCUGCCAGUUUUGGUUUCUUCUUUCAUUCUCCGCUCCGUCGCUUCCUUCACUUUCUGCGACUGUGCCGCGACCAGUCGCUUUCACCGCGAAGACACAGCGUUUGCGGCCUACACCGACCCGUUCUUCUUGUCUUCUUUUUUCUCUUUGCGUGUUUCUGAAGUCACCAUGUCCUCUCCGACCUGGGCAUCUUCCCGCGAUGAGUUCCCCGUUUCCGUCCAUGCGCUCAUGUCGCUCUGGGGAGGCUUUGCGAACCCAACCGAUUACAGCGACAGUGGACUGGAGAAGCGCCUGGAGCUGGACUUUGCGGCUCCCGUUGCGUCCACCAUGUUCUCCGUGGCGGAGCUGGAGGAGGUGCUUGCCGCCGUCCACCAAGAGCUCCAGCGCGCCUUCCAGGCAGACGGUCUGCUGGCGAUGGAGAUGACGCAGAGCCUUCUCAUUCUGACGCCCAACAAGAUGAUCGUGACCUCCGCCUCGGAGGUGAUGCUGCACCAGCUACUGAAGCCGACGCUGGCACUGCUGGCGUCGAAGAGCGUCGAGGUGGAGUGGGCGUCCUACUUGCGCCGGAACACCACGUCGCCAUGGUGUGCGGAGGGCGAGACGAGCGACAUCGUGGCGCAGGAGUACGCCGACCUCAAGGCCGCCUUCCCGGCUGGCAAGUCGUUCCUCACCGGCCCGGUGGACAGCGACCACUUCAUCCACUUUGUCUACGACGAUGUGGAGCGCCAGGCAUCGCGCACGGAGGAGGACGUGCAGGUGAACGUGUUCCUCUACGACGUGGUGGGCGGCCUCCACGACGCAAAGCAGUCCGAGCAGCACUUCACCGCCCUGCCGAACGGCGAGUACGAGGUGGUCCGCACCUUCGCCGCGACGCCGUGCGUGUCGUUCGAGACGAACGCGAAGGCUGCCGUCACCUCGCCCGCGCGCGUGCGGCAGCUCAUCGACGCCUUCCAGCCGUCGCGCUUCACGAUUGUGGCGCUACAGGACAAGGACACGGACGGCGCCGCGCUGCGUCGCAACUUCCAGGCGUUUACGUCGUACACGCUGCAGAACCGAACGGUGAACCAGUUUGGUGAGGGCUACGCGUUCCACCAGCUCCUAUUCGCUCGCAGCGACUAA